AUGUCGUCGAGAAUUCUGAAUAUGGAAAUAUCCUUCACCAUAAAGAGGAUCGAUAACCUGUCUUUCACCCUUGCACAGUUGGAUGAUGAACUAAAUGACCUCCUACCUACCUACCUGGAAGAAUUUCACCACACACAGACCAGAUCAUACAGAGCUGUUUUCUCAAAAAAUAGAAAAAUUCUUGAUAAGAAAUUUUUGGAUCUUAAGAAACGAAAAUUAAACUCCAUCAAAUACAAGGACAAAUGGUUUCGCAACCUCACAGAUACACAAAUUCCAAACGAGGUUAAAGUUCUUUUGAGUUUAGGCCCUAAGUUCAGUAUAGCUCCCCGUCCAAUUAGGGACUUACCUAUCAAGAACAUUAUAGCUGACGUCGAAAAUGCUAUCAGUAAUGCCACCAAUUCACAACAAAACAUAUUAAGAGCAAAGUGCACUAAUGCAAUCACAAAUUUUGUUCAUUCUCACAAUGGAUCACAUAGUAUUGAACAUUACCUUUUCUCUAAUGCCAGAAAAUAUAUUAAAGAACACAAUGACCUUAUUAUCACAACGGCUGACAAAGGCAAUGUAACAGUGGUACUUUCCACAGAACAAUACAUUGACAAGAUGAAUCUGCUUCUACAAGAUUCAUCAAUCUAUAAACCAUUAAGAAAAGACCCUACUAAUGAAAUCCAGAACAAAAAUAACAAAAUCGUAAAACAGUUGAAGGAUAAAGGCUAUAUCGAUGCUACCAUUGCCAGGAAAUUAACCACUUACAAGGCACUAGCUCCAAGAAUAUAUGGACUUCCCAAGAUCCACAAACUGGACAUCCCAUUGAGACCCAUUGUUUGUACCAUCGGUUCAGCUACAGCCGAGCUCAGCCAUUUUGUGACACUUAUUCUUACGGAGGCGUUCUCGGACUUCUUUUCGUAUUCUGUGAGCGAUUCCUUCCAAUUCAGUAUUAAGAUCAACAAUAUUACACUGCCUCAAGGAUACAAACUAGUUUCCUUGGACGCUGGAUCCUUCUUUGCCCAGAUUUUCGGUUGUUCAAUGGGUAAUAAAAUUAGUCCCAUCCUGGCUUCCAUUGUGAUGACAGUGCUUUUAAAUUAUUGCAUUCCCCUGUUACCUUUUCAAGUUCCGAUUGCCUACCAAUAUGUUGAUGACCUAUUUUUCGCUAUUCCCGAGGACAUGACAGCUGAAAUGUUGGCAGUCUUUAAUAGCUUCAAUACACAUAUUCAGUUUACAGUGGAAGAGGAAGUAGAAAACGGAGUCCCAUUUUUAGACACGAGAGUUGUAAGAUGUCCAGGCAAUAUAAUUAAGCUUGAUUGGUACCAAAAGCCGACCUCUUCAGGUCGUUACAUUCAUUAUAGGUCCAAUCAUUCUUGGGCUAUGAAAACCAAUCUUAUUAAGGGGAUGUUUCAGAGAAUUAUCAGAAUUUGCCAUCCAGAUUUCCAAAAAAAUGCAAUAAAGAGAUUAUUCAGCCUUUUCGAAGAUAAUGGUUACCCCAGGAUAUUUUUGGAUAGGUGUCUAGGUUCGUUGACCCUCGGACAAGUUGGAGAGAGAACGCCGGCAGAGAGAGAAGAAACUGCGCACCCAAUAGAACAACCGAGAUAUGUGUCCCUGCCCUUCAUUCCAUCCCUAACACCAAAAUUGGAGAAUAUUCUAAAGGAAGUAGAGAAUAUAAGAAGAGCAAGAUACAACCCACUGACACAUCCUGAUGAAGAACAGCUAAAAGUUCGAAAUAUAGAUGUUGAUGACGAUUGA